UACAAGUCUUGUUAACUUGCAUUUCCUUCUACCUUGCAUUGCAUUUUCUUUCCACUUCAAUUUUUCAAACUAUUCUUACUCUCUUGAACUAAGUUAUGGCUGCCAUUGUUGGAGGAGCACUUCUUUCAGCUUCAAUGGAGAUGUUGGUGAAAAAGGUUGUUUCUGGUGAGUUUCUGGAUUUGUUUCGGAGGACUAAGCUCGACGUUGAGCUGUUGGAAAAGCUGGAGAUAACACUGCUGAGUCUUCAAUCUGUACUUUAUGAUGCUGAGGACAAACAGAUCACUAACCCUGCUGUCAAGAAGUGGCUGGAGAUGUUGCAAGAUGCCGUCUUUCAAGCUGACGAACUGUUCGACGAAUUCAACACUGAAGCUUUAAGGUGCAAAGCUGAAGGUGGUCAGGUUCUUAAUAAGUUUUCUUCUUAUUUUAAGAGGUUUAAUAAAAAGAUCAAUUCUAAACUACAAAAAUUAUUUGGAAGAUUAGAACAUUUGAGAAACCAAAAUCUUGGAUUGAAAGAAGGUGUUUCCAGCUGUGUUAGGAAUAUAACUCCUACAAGUCCUUUUUUAGGAGAUGAAUCUGCUAUUUAUGGCAGGGAUGAUGAUAGAAAGAAACUCAAAGAGUUUUUGCUGUCAGAGGAUGGUUGUGAUAGUGGAAAUAAAAUAGGAGUGAUUUCCAUCGUGGGUAUGGGAGGGUUAGGAAAAACGACACUAGCUAAUCUACUUUAUAAUGAUCGUGAUGUGAAGGAGAAAUUUAAGUUGAGAGGAUGGUCACAUAUUCCAAAAGAUUUUGAUCUUGUCAAUAUCACUAAAACCAUUCUUGAAUCUGUCACUUCAGGAACAAUUACAGACACUGACUUUGUUAAGCUUCAGGCACAAUUGCAGCAAAGUUUAAGUAACAAAAAGUUUUUACUAGUAUUGGAUGAUAUAUGGUACGGAAAUUAUGUUGGUUGGAAUAAGCUAAGUGAUAUCUUUAAUGUUGGACAAGAAGGAAGUAAGAUCAUCAUCACAACUCGUGAUGAAAGAGUUGUACUACCCAUGCAAAAACUUAUCUAUGUGCACCAUUUAAGAUCUUUGGAAACUGGAGAUUCAUGGUCUUUACUAGCCAGACAUGCAUUUGUAGAAAUAAACUACCAGCAACAUCCCAAUCUAGAAGAAGUUGGUAGAGAACUUGCCAAAAAAUGUGGCGGUUUACCAUUAGCUGCAAUAGCACUUGGGGCUAUUCUCCGGUUCAUGUCACCAGAUCGUUGGAGUGAUGUAUUAAAAAGUAGUAUUUGGGAACAUACAAGUGAAGAUGUGAAACCAUCUCUGCUACUGAGCUAUCAUUACCUUCCAGUUUCUCUAAAAGGAUGCUUUGCUUAUUGUGCAAUUUUUCCAAAGAACUCAGUCUUAGUGAAAAAGACGAUGGUUCAGUUGUGGAUUGCAGAAGGCUUAAUACCUCAGCCGAGAAAUGAGAAUAGAUGGGAAAAAGUAGCUGAAGAAUGCUUUGAUAAUCUAGUGCGUAGGUGUCUGAUACAUCGCCGCUCUAUUGGGGAUGGGGAAGUUUGCUUUGAAAUGCACGACCUCAUCAAUGAUUUAGCAAUGGCAGUUUCAUCUCCGUAUUGCACUAUAUUGGACACACAUAAGCCAGAUAUAAGGGUGCGAUACUUGGCAUACGACAGAUUUGAAUAUAACUCAGACGAUAAAUUUGAAAAAUUGCAUGGAUUAAAAAGACUACGAACUUUUCUACCCAUGCCAUUGGAAUCUUUUGGGUAUUAUGAGAAUUUUGUAUCGUCAAAGUUAUUUUCUGAUUUGUUGUCAACAAUGACACAAUUGCACGUGUUGUCUCUUUCAAACUCUUUAAAUUUCACAAAGUUACCCAACUCAAUUGGAAAUUUGAUUUACUUGCGAUACUUGAAUCUCUCUUACACUAAGAUUAAAAGUUUGCCUUCAGAAACGUGCAAGCUUUACAAUUUGCAGACUUUGUUGUUGUCAUAUUGCUAUAAACUCAUUGAAUUUCCAGAAGACAUGGGAAAAUUGGUGAAACUACGCCACCUUGAUAUCAGAUGCACGAAACUGAAGAAAUUGCCGAGACAAAUGUCCAAAUUAGAAAAUCUGCAAACAUUGUCGAACUUUAUUGUGAGCAGCGUUAAGGAUGUUGGGUUGAAGAUUGAAGAUCUUGGAAAAUUUCCCCAUCUACGAGGAAGCCUUUCCAUCUCACAACUUGAAAAUGUAAAUGACCCAUCCCAUCCUUCUCAAGCAAACUUGGAUUUGAAAAGAGAAAUUGAUAAGUUGGAACUAGGAUGGUCUUACACUGCUCCUUCAAACUCACAAAUACAAGUACUCGAACGGCUGCGUCCGUCGACAAAUUUGAAGAGUUUGACCAUCUCUGGAUUUGGUGGAGACAAAUUAUCAAAUUGGGUGGGAGAUCCUUUAUUUGUAAACAUGGUGUGUUUGAAGAUCACAGGGUGUAAAAGAAUUUCAGUGCUGCCAUCCGUGGGGCAACUCGGUAACCUAAAACAACUUUUUUUUAGUAAGAUGGAAUCUGUAAAGAGUGUUGGUACUGUGUUCUAUGGAAGUGGUUCUUCUUCAUUUCAACCAUUUACCUCUUUAGAGAUUCUAAGCUUUGAAGAUAUGCCAGAGUGGGAGGAAUGGAAGUUGAUUGGAGGUACAUCUAUAGAGUUUCCUAGUCUUAUACGUUUGUCUCUAAACAACUGUCCAAAACUGAAAGAAAACAUACCUGGCAACCUUCCUAAGCUUGAAAGUUUGUCAGUUGAAGAUUGUCCCAAACUUGAAGGGAUGACACCCAACAAUCUUCCUUCUCUUGUCGACCUUAGGUUAAGUGGUUGUCCCUUAUUGAUGGGGUCAAGACAUUCUAUUACAAACCCACCAUCUGACGUAUUCAGCCAAUUGGUGAUUUGUCUCAAUUCUCUUCAAAAGUUGACCUUAACCAAUAUUCCAUCUCUAACAUCCUUUCCGAUAGACGGUCUUCCCAAAACCUUACGAUCUCUCUCUAUCUUUUUCUGUGAGAAUCUAGAGUUCUUUUCUCAUGAAUCUUUUCAUAAUUACUCAUCACUGGAGGAUUUGCAUAUCUUCAGUAGUUGUAAUUCAAUGACAUCAUUUACCUUGGGCUCUCUCCCUGUCCUCAAAAGUCUAUAUAUUUCUGAUUGUAAACAUUUAAAAUCCAUAUCAAUAGCAGAAGAUGCAUCGGAACCAAAUCUAGUGUUUCUUAGAAGCAUCACAAUAGUGGAAUGUGAUGAACUGGAGUCAGUUUCCUUAAGUCGAUUACCCAUUCCUAAACUCACUGAUUUAUGUUUGACGUGGUGCAAAAAGUUUCGUUCUCUACCUGAAUCAAUAAAGUGUCUAACUAGCCUUCAAAAAAUGGAAAUUCAUAACCUUCCAAAUCUGCAAUCGUUUUCCAUAGAUGAUUUGCCGAUCACUUUGCGGGAACUGACGGUCGACAAAGUUGGAGGGAUUUUGUGGAAUACAACUUGGCGACAUCACCCUUCUCUUUCAAUGCUGAGUAUUUGGAGUAAUGAUUUUGUGAAGGGGCUGAUGAGAACGCAAGUUCCGUUUCUACCCGCUAAUCUCGUUUCCUUACGGAUCUUUUGGCUUGAAGAUAUAGAAUGCUUGGAUGGGAAGUGGCUUCAACAUCUAACCUCUCUCCAUACGCUUGCGAUUUAUGAGGCACCCAAGCUCAAGUCAUUGCCAGAAAAGGGGGACUUGCCUUCCUCUCUUAAAGAACUGCAUAUCAUAAGAUGUCCGCUGUUGGAAGCAAAUUUGCAGAGGAAGAAAGGGAAAGAGUGGAGUAAGAUUUCUCACAUUCCCAAAAUAUAUUUAACUAACGAAAAUCAUCGAAUGAGUAUUACAUCAAGGUUUUGGUUUCAUUUGGGGUUCAAAUUGAAAUGAAAUGCUUCCUCGGGCUCACAUCAGAACCCAUUUUAUUCUUGCUGCUGACAUGGGUCACUGAAAAGGAUUGAUAAUUCCAACAAGAGAGAAGUCACAUUCUCAAAGAAGGCUAACAAUGUUGAUUCAAAGAUGAAGGAGAUUCAAAGAGAACAAAUUGCAAAGCCAGAGACAAAACAAUUGAAAGAAAGGUUUUAUCGAUGUCACAAACAAACAAGAUUGCAAGAAAAGUGUUUGUAUCUCCUCUAAGGCAUUUAACCGAAUGUUUCACUCUACAAGACUACAACAUGGCUAUAUAGAAUGCUUGGAUGGAAAGUGACUUAAACAUGGUUAUCAGAAGAGGGGAAGUUUCCCUCUCUCUUAAAGAUCUGAAAAUCAAUUUGUGUGGAAGAAACGAGGAAAAAAGUGGUGUAAGAUUGCUCAUAUUCCCAGCAUGUUUAUGUGUCCCGGUGAGUUGCUCACAUUUGGGGUUGAAAUUCAGAAUUCCAACACAGACAAGUAUGUGUCUCGAUUUUGUGAUUUUGUUUUACCUACAUGCAAGUUUUUUAUUGUUCUCCUGUUAAUAUAUACAAUGAUGCAUGUAUAAAAAAUGAUAUUUUUCUUUUCUAAUAGAAUCAUGAGGGUAUUGUGAUUCCUAAUUUUUUCAUGAUAGAAAGAGAAGUGAGUAACUCAUCCAAAACUAGUUAGCUAAAUUCUUAUGUUUGGUCUAACAUGGAUGUAGCUGGAUAGGUGGAUAAGCAAGUUGGAUCAAGAAAAGUAAUAUUUAGAGUUGCAAUCUACUAUACUGAACUCAUUCACAAAAAGGAAUCAAUCAUAUGCCCGAUAUUCCAUUAAAUUGUUUGAAGCCUCAAGUGUAAUUAUACCAAAUGAAGAAAAGUAAGAAAUAGUUUUACGUUUUGAAUUUCAAUUGCCGUUGUAGAUAGACUAUCCGAUAGUUUGAUUAUCUUAUUUCAAUUUUUUUUUUGUCUUAAGAUGACUUGCAUGGUGUUCUUUGUUGUUUUCUUUUCCUCUUAGAUUCCUUAUGAGAUUGCUAUGUUUAAUAAUAUAUUUUUGUUCUUAAGGUAGAUUUCUAAAACGGUGAAGAUUCUCAGAGAGCAAGUUGUAAGCUAGAUAUAAAACAAGUACAAUUGUUGGGCACUGUCAUGAAGGAAUACGGAGGAAUUGCAAAAUUAAUCAUAGUGGGGCUCUUUGCAAAAGAAUUACAAAAGUAAUAAUUGCAGGUCUGACAUAGUGGGGCACUUUGCAAGGCUUCAUUUCAUGGCUUAACGUGUUGGAUUUUGGCAUGUCUUGUGUUGGGAAGGAGUUCGUUAAAGAUGCUGCCACGCAAACUAUUUUGAUGAGAUUUUGACUUCUUGAAAAGUUUGUGUUUGCUCAGUUGGAGGUAGAUUCAUCCAAUGGAUUACCCAACAAAUCUGAAUGAUGUCCAGAAACUUUCCACGCCUCCGUAUAAAGAUCAUCCACAUCAAUCAAGACACCUCCAGGCAUUCAAAGAACAGAAGAGAGGCACUACAACACCAUCUUUUUAUUGUUUUUUCGUCCGAUAUGACUCAUUGUUUACCGAUAAGUAAAUAGGUUGCUCGAGUUCAGAUGCUCUAUCAAAUUGUAAUCUGUAAAACAUAUGUUUGAUUAAUACAACGGAACUGCAGCUGCUCUGCAGUCGGAGACGUAGGCACAAUUGGCCGAACUUUGUUAUCAAAUAUCGCGUGUUCAGUGUUUCUGUUUUUUUUUUCAUAUUUGUUUUCUUUUGAAUUGGAAUUUGUAUUCUAACAAUUUCAAAUGCAUUGGCUGAAAACUAUAUCACAACAAAAUGACUAGUAAGAGGCUGAAAACUUGGAUGAACAAAUGGCAAACAUGUGUCUAUUAAUGCCGUUCUCUUGGGAAUACUGAUGUUGAGAAGCAAGGGAAGUACUCACAUGAAAGAAACUUGUUCAUAAUAUGAGGUUAAUUAGUUUUAAAAGAUUUAGAGAUUGGAAUGCUUUUUGAUUGGGCAUGUCGACCACCAAAUGUUAGGACUGGUAAAGAUGCUGCCAUGAUAAAGUGCUGGAGUUUAUUAUAACUUCUUGUAUUAUCCUAGCAAAUUAACGUGGACACGCUCGUAUUUGGUUGGUAUUUAAACCAAGUUUUGACAAGAGUUUUAGGGCUCAAUUGCCACCAAAACUAUUUGACACAUUCAGAAAAGGAGCAUCCCUGCCAUUCAAGGAACAGAAGAGAGCCAUGUUGGCAAGACUUAAGAGUUUAGUUGAGUGGCACUGCAACAUAUUUUUAUUGAUUUUUGUUAAAUAUGAUUCAUUGUUUACUCAUAAAUGAAUAGGUUGCUCAAGUUCAGCCGCUUUGAUAAACUGUAGCCUGGAAAAACCCAUUUGAUUAAUACAACGGCACUGCAGCAGCUUUGCAGUCGGAUACGUAGACACACUUAGCCGAACUCCGUUAUCAAAUAUUACGUGUUCU